AUGUCGGCGCUGGAGUGGUUCGCGCACAAGCCCCUGGGCGGCGGUAUCUUUUGGAUCCAGGAGCGCUUCUACGAAUCGGACAACCGGGCCAACAUUUGGCUCGUGCGGGGCUCGCAGCGAGACGUGGUGAUCGACGCGGGGCUGGGGCUGCGCAGCCUGCCCGACUACCUGCGCGACGCCGGGCUCCUGGCGCAGGCCGAGAGCGCCUGUCCGCGGCCGCUGCUGGCCGUGGCCACCCACGUCCACUUCGACCACUCGGGCGGGCUGCAGCACUUCGAGGACGUGGCGGUGCACAGCGCCGAGGCGGCGGCGCUGCUGCGAGGGGACAACUACGAGGCCGUGACGUGGCUGUCGGACCGGGAGGUAGCGCGGCCGCCGCGGCCCGGCUGGAGCGCGCGGCAGUUCUGCGUCCCGCCCGUCCAGCCCAGCCGCCUGCUGCAGGAGGGGGAUGUGAUCAACCUUGGAGAUCGACAGCUCACUGUCAUGCACAUGCCUGGUCAUUCACGAGGCAGUAUCUGCUUACAUGACAAGGACAGGAAGAUUUUGUUCAGUGGAGAUGUGGUAUAUGAUGGAUCUAUGAUCGAUUGGCUUCCCUACAGCAGAAUCAGUGACUAUGUUGCAAGCUGCCAGCGCCUGAUGGAGUUAGUAGACAGAGGUCUUGUGGAGAAGGUAUUGCCUGGGCACUUCAACAUAUUUGGAGCAGAAAGGCUGUACCGGUUAGCUUCCAACUACAUUUCCCAAGCUGGAGUUUGUCACAAGAUUUCUACCUGUGCUAUGAGAUCCAUUGCAAGCAUAGCACUUCGUGUUGCAAAUUCAAGAAUCACUUCUCAGUGACAGUCAAUUUUGUGUGAUCUGCUACUUGCUGUAAAACCAAAUGGGUUGUGAAAGCAUCAAUAGCAAGCAGAAGCAGUAUGUGUUAGCAAAAAGAUGGUAAAUUGAUGUAGGUGAGCUUCAAGCAUUCCCCGUUUUUUCCUACUUUAUCCAUAUAUUUUUAUAAAAACUCUGUGAAUUAAAAGCUUUAGCUAUAGUUUUUCUUUCUACUUUUUCAGAGCAUGUUUGUACCUGUAUUGCAAUUGAAAUGUAUUGUUGUUUUUUUUUUUUUGUUACAACUCUGGCAGAUUAAUAUAUACUAAAAUGAGAGAUUUUACAUUCAUGUCUGAAACCUUGCUGAUGUGGUACUAGACAUGUGAUUAUUCACCUCUUGCUCAGCUUUUGACCUAACAGCUCUUGUGAAGACCUAGAGUCUGCCAAGAGCAGUGCCAUUGGGUUGCAGCAGGAGCAAGAUCUCUGCAUGACUCAGUGGGCAAAAGGAAAUAAAUCUGCAGCCUGUAGGCAUGUUAUCUGCUGCACCUCUCAACACCUGAAGCUUUAUCUUUGCAAAGUACUUGUCUGGCAGUUUCUUCAGAAUACACCAACAGGUGGAAGUUCUAUAGACCAAACUUUCAAGCGGGCAGUCACAGACACAUCAGUUCACCACAAAAGCUUUUGGUGCAGACAGACUGUUGAGGUUUUCAUGUUUCCUAGUGUGCUGCAAGGAACCCACUGCACCAGAAGAGAGGGAGCAAGUAGGACGACUCUCACCAUUGUCUAGAGAACUGUUUUGCUUGUAGUCAUGUGAGUUAAAAAUUAGAAAAUUUGUGAACCAGUGAAUUAAUGUGUUACACUACCCUGUACAAAGUGGAUUGACCUUUUCCUGGAUAGGUUUAUUUUCUUCUGAUCAGCUCAUAAGAAAUACUUAGAGAGUAUGUUGUUCUGGAGAGUUGAGAGAAGUGGACUGUGAUGACCUUAAGGCAUU